AAUAUAAUCUUAAUGUAAAUAGUUAUGAAAAGGAUACUGUAAAAACGUAUCAUCGUAUCGUAGAGGCAUUCAAAUUCGCGUACGCUAAACGGUCAGCGCUGGGUGAUCAGGAUUAUGUCGACGUUAAAGAGCUCGUCGAAAAUAUGACGUCAGAUGUAUAUGCCAAAGAGUUGCAACAAAUGAUAACAGACUAUACGCAUAAUACUUCAUACUAUGAACCACUUUUUGGAAACGUGGAGGACCAUGGGACAUCCCACCUUUCAAUUGUUGACGAAAACGGAAUGGCAGUGGCAGUAACAAGUACAAUUAACACAUAUUUUGGAUCUAAAGUUCGAGGGACGCGGACCGGCAUUAUAUUCAAUAAUGAGAUGGAUGAUUUUUCCACACCUGGUACGGUGAAUACGUUCGGAGUUCCCGCGUCACCCUCUAACUUCAUCAAGCCUGGAAAAAGACCCAUGUCCUCUAUGUGCCCUUCUAUAUUUCUAGAUAAUUCAAAUAAGGUACAUUUGGUAGUGGGAGCAUCAGGCGGCACCAGGAUAACAACCGCAACCGCGCUG